AUGGCGUCGGUAGACGGGUUUCAGGUCCCUUCGGACGAUGAUUACGACGCCCUAUACCAGAUAUUCAACCAGUAUUGCUGGUGCGUGCUCGACCUGAUCAUGCUGUUCGUAGUAGCGAAGACAGGGACUUGGUUUAUCAGCCUCGGCACGGCGCGCGAGGUGGACGAGAUGGACAACAUCAAGUUCGUGCGAUUCUGUCGCGACCUAGGGAUCAUCGCGCACGCGGGAGGCGGCGCGGGGCUGCACGUCACGGACGUCGACCUGCUCUUCGUCACCAUCAAGCCGCGCGUGAGCCCCGCGACGCCGCGUAUCGAAUCCGACAAUGUGUGGGUGUUCUGCUUGCCGCGCGUGUGCGUGCAGGGCCGCAAGAAGCUGACGUUUGACAACUUCUGCGACGCCGUGGCCGUCAUGGCCGACAAGCUGGGCGUCACCCGCACCGACCUCAUCCGCCAGGUGCGACCUCAUCCGCCAGGUGCGACCUCAUCCGCCAGGUGCGACCUCAUCCGCCAGGCCAUCGCCAUGGACCUGCCGCAGCCCGCGCUGACGUCAGCGACGCGCCACUCCAUGACGCUCUCCCACCACGUCUCCUCGUCGCUCCUCGCGUCACACCACACCCUCUCCUCCGCACACUCGCGCCGCCUCUCCCUCCCUCACCCCGCCGCCGGGCACGCUGCUUCCGCGCACGCUGCUUCCGCGCACGUUGCCUCCGCGCACGCUGGGUACACCCACGCGGCGUCCGCGCACGCUGCGCCCGCCUCCCCCGCCGCCCUCGCGCCCCUCGCCGCCCACACGUCCUAUCCGCUCAGGGAGGGCCGGGGCGGACGACCCGCUGCUGGUGGCGCUAGUGGUUCCGCUGGGGGUUUCGGGGGAGGGGGGGGUGGCGCGGGGGACAUAGUGCCGCCUGGCGACGAUUUUCCCCCGAGGCUGAGGCUUAUCCGCACGCGCUCGCUAGAGGCGGAGGAGCACACGCGCACUGCUGCUGGCGGGUUCGAUGCAUGCCGGCCAGAGCCGCUGAGUGAGCUGAGGUCAUCACUGUCGGAUCACAACUCGCAUGAAGGCAGGGCGAUGGGCGGAAGGGAGAAGGGCGAGAGGGGGGCGGAGGGGGGGCAGCAGGUCGGGGGAAAUGGUGCGGGGAGGGGUGCAGGCGAGCGGAAUGAGAACUCGCAGGGCGGGGAGCUGUAUGCGCAGAGGCAAGCAGUUGCGGGAGGCAGGAAUAACGAGGCACUGGGGUAUUUGCACGGUGGGGAGGAAGUGGUUGCGAGAGGAGGGUAUGCGCAGGGGAUUGCUAAUGAUAACGAUGGGGACAGCAGUGGCGUGGGCUGGACGGAUGGCGCCAUGGGGCGAGUGGUGGUGUCCGCUGUGGCAGCAGCAGCAGAGGAAUCGAGGCAGGGCCGCAGGGGCCAGGCAGGAGGGGUAGUGGGAGGAGGCGCGCAGCAGUAUGAUGAUGAUGGAAACAGCAGCACGGGUGGGCGACUAUCUAAUGAGGACCCGGCAGCAGCAGCAGCGGAGGGCGCGGUGGCGAGUCUCAUGUUCUUCGACGCCUUCCGCUUCUUCUCCCUCCCCCACUUUGCUCGCCACCACUUCGUUCCCCUGGCGCAGUGCGGCAGGCAUCAGCUGCAGGGGCUGCCGCCGCCGCGCAUGGACAGCAUUCGAUUCAUCAAGAUGUGCAAGGAGACCGCCAUCCUUGACGCCCGCUUCACCACCACCAGUGCGGACAUCAUAUUCAGCAAGGUGACACGCGGCAGUGAGCGGAAACUCUCCGUCUACACGCUGGCCGCUGCGCUGCGCCUCAUCGAGGCAGAGAAAGGCCUCGCCCCGCCCGCUCUAGAGCGCAUCAUCAUCGCCCACUUCCUCGCCCACUUCUGUUCAAAUUACUCCCUCGCUUUUUCCUUCGUCUCCAAUUCCUGCGCGACGACAUUCCAGGGCGAGAUGUUUGGAGUGGGGCGUCGCUUAGCGGUGCGCCUGCUGGUGGGGGGCAUGGACGGCGCGUCCGGCACGGAGCAGUCAUCGGACGGGCGAGAGGUGUGGGAGCGGCGUGCACAGCGAGUGGGAGUGCACAAGAGUGCGUCGGAGGCCAACAUCAGGGGAGCCGCGUUGCGGGGCGGAUUUGUGUUGGCGGACUCCAUGGGGGCGUUGGCGGGCGCGGACAGCGGCAAGUGGGUGAACGGCGGGUCGGCAAUGUUUGAGGCGCAGCGGAGCGCGGAGCAGGAGGAGCUGGCAUACCUGGGCAUGGAGGCAGAGCGCAUCCAGCGUAGCGGCGUCAUCGACAUCGUGAAUGAUGACGAUUGCAGCGGCGGUGGCAGCGGCAGCGGCGGCGGUGGCGGUGGCGGCGGCAGCGGCGGCUUCCCCAAACACCUUAGCUGGAACUACCGCGGGCUGGACAUCACCCCCAAAGGCAGCAGUCGCGCGCAGGCAGGCGGCGACAGGGAUAGCGGGGUCGGGGUGGAGGCGGUGCUGGCGUCGUGGGCGCAGGAGAGGCGCGAGUUGGAGGGCCAGGUGGGCGCACUGAAGGCGGAGCUGAAGCGCAAGGAGAGAGAGCUCAAGGCGGCGGGCAAGGGCAAGGCAGCGGCAGGCAGGGAGGUGGAUGCGGUGUGGGGGCAGGUGAGCGCGCUGGAGGCACAGCUGCAGGAGGUGCAGGGCGACAAGUCGGCGCUCGAGAAGGAGAUCGAGGGGCUGCGCGCGCUGCACGUGUCGCGUGCGCGUGAGUCGGGGGAUGGAGCGGGCGGGCGGGCGGCCGAUGUGGAGAUGGCGGGCAUGCUGAAGAUGGUGGGCGACUUCUCCCGCCGACUCGCUCUUGCGGACGACGCCGUACGACGCGCCGAGGCAAAGAACGACGAUUUGUCGGAGCGCUUGAAGGCGAGCGAGGCAGAGUUGCGUGGAACGAGGGAGGCGCUGCGCACGGCACAGGAAGACCGGGAUGCACUGGCAGCGGAGAUGAAGGAGGCACUGGACACAUGGGCGUGGACUGGCUGUGCACACCCCGCUCCUGCUGCUGCCACCCCUGGCAGAGGGGGCAGCAGCGGCAGCGGUGCCAUGGGUAUGGGCGCAUCAAGCACGUCGGCAUGGAAGGGGUUGCCGUGGGCUGAGCACACGGGGCAAGGCAUGGCGCGGAACGGCAUCCCAAGUGUUGACGAUGGCAGGGAUGGCAUGCAGCAGUGGCAGCAGCGCGUACGGGAUAUUGCUGGUGCGAGCCAGUGGGGAAGGGGUGGGUAUGGUGCUGGUGGUGGCGUGAGCCGGCCACCCCGAGACCUCAAGAUGCGACCAGGUGCAGUUUGA